AUGGCCGGGAAAACGACCAAAGGUAAACAAAAGAUCCCAAUGAAGAAAAUCGAGAACGUGGAAGAUAAACUGAGCACGUUCUCGAAAAGACGAUCCGGGAUCUACAAGAAGUUCAACGACCUGAUUGUCGCAUGCGAUGCCGAAAUCGGGUUUUUGAUGUUCACAGAAGCCGACACACCGUUUUCGUUCGGACAUCCUUCGAUCGAAACGGUCUCCGACAAGCUGAGGAACCCAUUACCCCCACGCGCCAAAAAUGAUUCCGGAUCUCUGGUUGAUGCCCGCGAAAAGGAGAGUAUCGACCGUAUGAACGAAGAGUACGAGAAUCUCCUCGACGAGUUGGAAGGCGAAAGAGAACGGAGAAAGGCGUUGGAGAAGCUGUCGGAGGAGAAAAAGAUCGAGGAAUGUUGGUUCAAGGCUUCGGUCGAGAAAUUAAACGGAGACGAGAUUCAACUCAUGCACGGUACGUUUCUUAAAUUGCAUGAAGCUUUAUGCGAUGAACUCUUUAAUCGUUUAAGCGUAAACGAUGAAGGCACUUCGUCUAUUCAAUAA